AAAAAAAAAGGACGUCAGUCAAUCGUCUUUCGGAAUCAAGAGAAAAUUGAUAACCGGCAGCACAACAUGGUGACAUUGGUUUACCUGCAGUCACCACUUCGGAACUCUUGUGGCUAGUGCUUCUGCGACGGACCGAUGGUGACGAUGGGCUUUGGAUCUCUGGCGUCCUUUCGAUAGAGUUGCUUGAGGAUGAGUUAGACAUGGAGGUACCCCCGACCGUCUUUUUGGGACGAACGAGGAGGAAAAGCGCACAGGAACAAUUACCGGAGAGAACGUUAAAGGCACGUUAGCAUUUGAUAAUCCGCUUCUAGUGCAUGGUGCAUGCGUCGUUCUUUCUUCAUUGCCUGGCCCUUUGGUCUGUCCGCUUUAAAUAGCACCCAGGGCCAUUUCAGUAACAGCAAUUACAGUAUGACAACAACAUCAACAACUGCUAGUGCCACAAAAGUGACAGAGGAGAAGGGAAAGACACACACAAAAAGGGUCAGAGGCAAGUCACUAAGCAAAAAGAGUCAUUUACCGUUUGGCCAGCCGAGGACGACGAGGAUGCGGGAGGCGAGGAAAGGAGGCCGCUGGGCAGGAGGGCUAGGGAAUAGAUGACGCCAAAGUUGGGUUCGACACAGUAAGGGCAGGCGGGGGAUUCGGUCGGUGCGCUCUCCAGGCGCUUGAUUUGUACGAAGCACUCGGUGCACAUGGGCUUGUCGCAACACCGCGUGCGGUUGAUGUUGCGGGGAUAGUACUACAACAAUCACCAGCCAAGUCAGUCAAAUUAGUCAGUCAGUCAGUCAGUCAGUCAGUCAGUCAGCACAUCGUCUGUCACCCUCUGUCCGUCAGGGGCGAGGCCAUUUAGACAGACCGGGUGGGUGAACCAGUCAAGCAACACGAAACAAAAUGGCUUUGCUGAGAGCCCCAUGGUUCAAUGAUACAUGAUGGGUGCUCACGGUGUUGAGGUCAUUGUGCUCUCAAACGUGCACCCGCCCCACGCACGCAAGUGCCAAAAGAAAUAUCUUUAUAUAUGU